UUUGCGCCAAACAGAAGCAGCAGCUGCAGCUCGGAGGAAGCAGCCGAGGAUUCUCCUGCGGACGGGACGAGAUGCUGGAGAGCAGCAGCCCCAGAGCCGGAGCCUGACGGUCUGCAGAGGGAGGACCUGAGCCUCUGCAGGCUGACCUCCGCCUGGAUGCUCCUCACACGCACCAUAAAGGAGUCAGGCAAGGAGAGUCAAGAUGGCAGCUGAGAGGAGGCUGAUGUUGUUGACGGACCUCUUUCCCAGCAGCAGCCUGUGAAGGAACCCGGACUCGGAGGCACGUGCAUCUGGACCUGGCAUUGAUGGAAUGCGAGCCGAGUGACUGGAGCGUCGAUUCUGCAGAGACCCGAACAUGGAGCCCAGCAAAGACUGCGACCCGCCUUCCAAGGUCCAGAUCGACCCGGACUUCGAGCCUCAAAAGCGGCCUCGCUCUUGUACUUGGCCGCUGCCCCGUCCGGAGUCCGACGCGGGCAAGUCCGGGACGAACGACCCUGACGUCAUCCCGGAGGAAGACGAUGAUGAGGAGGAGGGAGGAGGAGGCGCGGGCUGCGCCGCGGCGCCGGGGGCCAGCGGUGGCGGGAAACCUCUGCAGCCCGCGGCGGUGGCGCGCGCUCCCCGCUCGGACGAGGCCGCCGGCGGCUCGCCCUCCUCCGCGAACCCCCCCACCUUCCCGGCCCCGCAGCACCUGAGGAAGAGCUCCGCCCGCCGGAACGCCUGGGGGAACUACUCUUACGCCGACCUGAUCAGCCAGGCCAUCGAGAGCAGCCCGGAGAAGAGGCUGACCCUGUCCCAGAUCUACGACUGGAUGGUGCGCUCCGUGCCCUACUUCAAGGACAAAGGGGACAGCAACAGUUCCGCCGGCUGGAAGAACUCCAUCCGACACAAUCUGUCCCUGCACAGUCGCUUUGUCAAGGUCCAGAACGAGGGAACGGGCAAGAGCUCCUGGUGGAUGGUCAACCCCGAGGGUGGGAAAGGAGGCAAAGCCCCGCGCCGACGUGCUGUCUCCAUGGACAACAGCAAGUACAUCAAGGGGGCCCGGGGCCGGGCCAACAAGAAGAAGGCGUCCCUGCAGGCCAGUCAGGAGGGCAGCUCGGAGAGCUCCUCCAGCCUGUCCAAGUGGACAGGAAGCCCCACCUCCCGCAGCAGCGACGAGCUGGACGCCUGGACCGACUUCCGCUCCCGCACCAAUUCCAAUGCCAGCACCAUCAGCGGGCGACUGUCGCCCAUCCUGGCCAACCUGGAGCUGGAUGAGGUGCCGGACGACGACUCGCCUCUGUCACCCAUGCUCUACUCCAGUCCCAGCAGCAUGUCCCCGUCCACCGGUCCCACCGGGCUGGCCGACCUGACCUGCAUGAACCUCAAUGACGGUCUGUCCGACAAUUUCGAUGACCUCUUGGACAACAUAAGCCUGACGGCGUCCCAGCAGCCUCCUCCAGGAGAGGAGGACGGUGGCGCUAGCGCUCAGGGCGGCUCAGUGUUUACCUUCAGUGGCUCUGGAAGUAGCCCGUCUGGCAGCUAUGCGCCCAACCCCCUCUUCAGCCCCCCGUCCAUCACGAGCCUGCGCCAGUCGCCCAUGCAGACCAUCCAAGAGAACAAGCAGACCAACUUCCCCUGCAUCUUCAGCGACCACCAGGCGCUGCAGGACCUCCUCAGUCUGGACUCCCACAGCCCCAGCAACGUGCUGCUCACCCAGUCCGACCCGCUCAUGUCGCAGGCCAGCACUGCCAUCGCCCUGCAGAACUCCCGCCGGAACGCUCUGCUGCUCCGCAAAGACCACGUCCUGGUCACCCACUCUCGCGUCCGAGGCGCUCCGGUCACCGGCUGGCCAGCUGGCUUGUCCACCUCUGAAAACGGAGGUUUGAGCGCCGAGGCGGACGCCAAGCGCCCGCUCCUGAAGUCGCCCGGCAAGAACGUCUCUGGUCUGGCCGGACCGGACCGCUUCCCUGCAGACCUGGACCUGGACGUCUUCAACGGUAGCCUGGAGUGCGACAUGGACUCCAUCAUCCGCAACGAACUGAUGGACGCCGACUGUCUGGACCUCAGCUUCGACAGCCGUCUCCUGUCGGCCCAGAACGCCAACAGGAACUCGGGAAGCUUCUCCAGCUCCAAACAGACGUCGGCUCAGAGCUGGGUCCCCAGCUGAGGGGCGGAACUGCGACGACAUCUGUUGACGUAAAGACGAUCCAAUGGACAUUUCCAAACGAAAUGGUGCCCGUCACAUUUAUCCAACUGCAGCUUUACGCACAGUUUUUAAACUCCAACCAUUGGUGAAAUAUGCAGCUGUGGUUUUCCAUGUCACUCUCACUGUUCGGUUCAGUAUUCCAGAGUGUCUCCUGUGGCGUAAGGAAACUUCAAAUGUCCAAAGCUACGUUCACAUCGCCACUUCUACGUUACCUCGCCGCCGAUGGUUUGAAACUUCCAUUUCCCCUGAGCAUCUUCAGAGCUGAGGGUUCCGAGGUCGUCUCUGCACACACGUCACAUGGCGUCGAGCCAAAUCUGCACCCUAAAAUUCAGCUUUCACAGACUCAAGAGAUAGAUUCAGGAGAGUCGCUGCCCACCUGUUUUCCUCUCUGAAGAUCCAAACUCACGAGUCUGUCUCGCAGCCUCUCCAACUAACCUAAGUUGCCAAAAUUAGACUUCUAAGAGCCACUUCUGCAGGAAGACGAGUCUCUGGAUAGACCCUCGUUUCCUAAUUAUUCCAUUCAUGGACAUGUGAUCGAUCAACUUUAAGGGAAAGUACGCUGUUGUUGAUAACAAGUCUAACUGAUUCCAUGUGUUUUCGCUCCACCUUUGGUGCUCCGUGUGCCGUGUCUCAGACGUCUGCGACCGAUGACCCCUUCACACCGGCACUGGCGCUUAUUCGCUUCAGUAUUGCUCAGUGUUUCCGAUCCAGCUGCUCUGUGAACGUCGCUGACGCCACCUGCACCACGUGAGAAGCUCUUGUCAGUCUCAGGGACUCGCUCAUAUCACCGUCCUUCUCUCCUCACUCCACGUUGUUUGCCAAACCGGCCGCUGGCCUCAAAGGGACGACGGCGUGUUUACACUGAUCAAAGCUGCGGAGAAUGUUACACUCUGAGUGGAAGAUACUUGACCAACUCUUUUUAUCGUAUUGUGUCAGAACCGUAGCCUGAGAAUAGAGGAGGAGGGGUGGGGAGAACCUUCCCAGCUUUUGGUGUGGACGCUGGUGACUUCCUGUGCUCCUGUCACCUCAUGACAUCAUGGAUCCCACUGACCAUUUAGACUCUCAAGUCACUUCAAUUUUGUACUAAAAUUAAAGGACAGAAUUCCCAUGGAUGUUUAAAUAAGGUGACUUCAGUUUAAAUGAUUUAUUCUUAUUCAAAAUUAUUAUUAACAUUGUUAAUGAUUGUUUUGACUGAAUGCCGGAGUUCCUAGCAUUCGUGAGGAAUUUAUAUCUUUUGAAAAAAAGACAUUUCUGAGAGAAAAAUUGCACAUUUAAAUUAUGAAGUUUCUUUGUUUCUGGAAAAAUAAUUUGGGUUUGAAACAUGUCAUCAUCUCAAGCUUGACUCAGUCAAAACAACAAAUGAAGAAUUUAGAGCAACAUGGGAACAGAGGCUUGUUUUGGCUGAUCUCUUGCUGAUAAAAGUCAGAAAAGGCGCGUCUGGUUCUCUCAGGUGAGCGGAGCUGUCGUCACCAGGUCCCUCCACCAAACCUCCCUCUGUACAGUCUUCAGUGUGAUCUGACGUGCUUUUGUGAGCAGUGUUCUGAGUUGUUGUUUUAGUGACUUGACUGUGAAUUCCGUUUCUAUUUGAGAUGUUUGACAUGAUUCUGCUGCAGAUCCUUGACCCAGCCCCCCUCCCCCUAGCUCUUGCACUGAGGACCACAGAACCAGUGUGAUCUGGCUCCGGGUGUCACCAGUGACUUGGGUUGAUAGUAAAAGUUGUGGGUGCUAUAAAUAAGCAGAUAAGAGGGAGCGGCUGCAGCAUCAGCACCGCCCGUGUUAUCAGCGCCGGGGCAGCUUCUGAGCCACUCUCUAGACACAGAAAUUGCCAAAACAGUCCUGCUCCGCGUGGAGGACGGAUAGCGGGCCAAGCUUAGCUGUUAUUUAUUUAUUUAAGAUGUAACUCCACGUGUUGUCUGUAGGUGUUCUGGGAGGACUGAAGGAGCGGUUCAGAAAGGUUGGGGAGGAACAUGGAGCCCACAAGCUUCCAGGCAUCUCACACACCUUCAGUAACAUCCACUGCCAAGCCUUGCAUUUCUGGAGAAGAUCCUGGUUUUUGGUUGUUGUGAUGGUGCAUGUAAAUAAAGCUCAAAAGAAGCAGAGACACUGAGGCUCUUUUGUUUUAGUCCC